UUUUUACAAAGUUUAUAUCAACUCACUCUGUCUGUGUGUCUGGCCAAAAGUUUGUACACGUUAUUUCUCCGACACCAAAUCUCGGAUCAAGCUGAAAUUUUGCACAAUUAUUUCUUUUACCUGACAACACAAGAAUCAAUACAAAAAAUUAACCAAUUAUAUAAUUAACUAUUGGCUUGCACUGUCACCAUGACCAAGUCACUGCUGUAUUUGAUGCUGUGUGUUUGGUCGGUAUCAAGUCGCUAUGUGCAAAACAAGGGAAACUUUACACAGUACGAAUGUUUGACUGAUCAAAGUUGUGACGACUAUGACAACCUGAAGAUGUUCAAUCAUAAAAUCUACUGCUGUAAGCCAAGCCAUUCAAUUAUUUUUAAAAUGGAGAUCACUCAACCUGAUGCAAACUUUGAAAGUUGGCAAGAGCUAGAUGAACUACAGAAUACUGAGCAUGGAAGUAAAGAUUUUGAGGAUGAGAGGAAUUCAGUCGAGAGAGAGAAUGAAGCAAACAUGAAGUCACCUGACGUUGUGCCCUAUUCUGUAGUGGAGGAACAAAGGGAACACAAUGACAACUGGAAGAGACCUGAUUCAGAAGAUGAACAUUUUCCAACGACUUUGUACUUGGAUCUGAAGGAAGCUCCCAGACAACUAAGUAAGAGAGACCUGGCGCUGAAGGAAGCUGCUGAGAUGUUUCCAAUUCGUGUACCAACUGAGCGCUUGAACAGCGAGAAGAGGCUAAGACUGGCAGAACCGAGAUCCCAUCAAAGUUCAAGGACGACAACAACUUGUGUGUGUGACAGUGGGAGCCCAGAGAGCUUCAUGGGCUUUUUAAUGGGCAUUCUUCGAUCUUUGUGUUCUAAGGGGAUCUUUUGAUCAGUGCAUGAGGGCUUCUGUCUCUCCCAACAUGCCUGAUUUGAACAUGGAACACAUAAAACAACAUCUUUCUUUGUAUUUGUUACUCUUACAAUACUCAUUUCAUUGAAACUAAAGUUGAAAUAAAAACAAAA